AUUUACUUCUAAACACAAAGCUCAUAUCUUGUUCCAUGUUUAAACCCACAAUGUUACUUUUUUGCUGCUAUGCUACCACCUGGUGAUAGUAGCAGUGUUGGGGUCCUUAUAAAUUUCAGGUGAGGGGAAAAAAUUAAAUCUGUGGAAGAGCCUUAACAUUUUUCAUCAUGUCCAGUGAUACAGACUAAAUGAAUAGGAGAGUUAAUGUAUAAAAAUGGACCCACAAGAGAAUUUUAUAGCACAAGUGCCGUAUAUUCCUCUUUAAUUACAUGCCAUUUGAUGCAACGAGUGCAUCCUGUGAUGUUACCAUAACGGAAGCUUCUGUGUUUUAAUAACUACAUAUUUCUGUCUGUCUGUCUAUCCACACACAAGCAUGAAGUAGUCAUUGCAGUUCUGUAAAAAAUGGAUUUGAAUGAAAGCUCUUUUUUGUUCUAAUUUCCACAUAGAAACCUCAUGCAAUAUGCACACCUACAUUUCUUCCUCACAGAAGAUCUGUGAGAGGAACGAGACAGAGAUUGACUACUCCAAAGGCUUUGUAGGGCUUCAUAGUUGUGUAUAGAUGUGAAUCUGAGCCUCAUGAAUCCUAAUCCAACGCCUUCUUUAAAAAAAGUACAUCUGUGUAAUUUUUGCGCGUAACUGAUGAAAGGAACAGGAGUGGGGAAAGGAAGUACUCUUUUCAAGUCUCCUUAACACUUCGUUUUGCACAUAUGAAUCCUUUCGUUGCAAGAUGGUUAAGAAAUGUUUAAAUAGAAGGAAAAUUGCAAAAAGAAGUGAUUUGUAUAGAAAGGAGUGUGUGGGGGAGAGGCCUUCGCAAGGGCGUCUUGGUGUGGUCAAAAUAGGAAGUGAGAUGCAGAGCUCUCCAGCACAGCAUGUUGACAGAAAGCCACAGAGGACGUGAAGUAACAGGCAGCAUGGGACACACCAGCGGAAAAAGAUGGACUCUCCAAGUGGCAUUUCUCCUCUGCUUUGGUCCAGGUUUUCUGCCAUCUUCCAGAGCGCUAUGUUUCAACAUCAUUGACACAGAUACUCCAAUGAUAUUCCCAGGUGACAAAGCGAACCAGUUUGGCUAUCGUGUUGUUCCAGUGAGAGCUAGUGGAGCAUCCUGGUUGCUAGUCAGUGCUCCCUUUUCAGAGAACCAUACGGGGUCACUCUUCCGCUGCUCGUAUCAUACAGAGAUGUGCCAACGAAUAGAUCUCAAUCACCAUUCUGGGAUAUCUCUGGGCCUCUCGCUGACUGCAGAUGAGGAGACCCAUUCCAAAAUAAUAGCUUGUGGUCCAACUUGGGAGCGCCGGUGUGGGGAUAUUAAUUCUUUGAACGGCAUCUGCUAUAUCAUGAGCAACGCUGACCAGGAGUUGAAAGAGAUUCAUCCUGCUGCUCAAGAGUGUUUUAACGGUGUGGAUGCUGCAAUCUUAUACGAUGACUCCUACAGCAUUCGGGAUGAGAACGGUGACUUCAGUACCAUGAUAGAUUUCCUUGUGAAACUAAUGGAUUCUGUGCGGGAAAAAGAUGUACAGUUUGCUGUGGUCCAGUACUCUACUGAACAUAAUCUUAUUUUUGAUUUUGCUAUGUAUAACGAAAGUAGAGACAAGGUCAACAAAACUAUCCAUAGUUUCCAACGUCACAAAGAAAAAACCUUCACCCCCUCGGCCAUCCGCUAUGUAGCGGAAGAGAUCUUCACCUCUCGACAUGGCAUGCGACCUGAUAGCAAGAAAAUCCUCAUCGUUCUGACUGAUGGCAACUCCAAUGACAUAAACACUGCAUUUGAAACAGCAAAUGUGGCUGCUGAUAGAAAAAAUAUCACCCGCUAUGCCAUUGGGGUGGGUAAGGAAAUCAGUAAAGAUGAGCUGCAUACAAUUGCCUCCUCAGGAGAGAAUGUUUUCCAGGCAGAAAAUUUCAAUGCGCUUCAUACACUUCAAAGAGAGUUGCAAAAUAAGGUUUUUGGCAUUGAAGGAACCUCAAAAAAUGUAACCUUCAGCUCAUUCCAGAAAGAAUUUUCACAAGGCGGAUUCAGCACUCUUCUCACUGCGGAGCAUGUGGUGUCUGGAACUGUUGGCACUUAUGAAUGGUCUGGAGGCCUGGAGGAAGAGGUUUUGACAGGCCCUCCCCAAAUCAACUUCAUGAACGUGUCGGAUAAAAGCUCCCUGUAUUCUUACCUGGGUUAUUCCAUGGCUCUGGCUCAUCAUGGCCAAAGGAUGUUCUACAUAGUUGGGGCACCACGAUAUGAGCACAUUGGGAAAGUGUUUGCCUUUGAAAAACAAAGCAGGAUGUUAGUGGGGAGUGUUGGGGGUGAUCAGAUUGGUUCUUAUUUUGGUGCUGAGCUCUCUGUCGUGGACCUUAAUGGGAAUGGACAUACCGAUCUCAUUCUGAUCGGGGUUCCCUUUUAUUACAAUGGGACACAAGGAGGCCUUGUCGAAGUCUGCGCCUUUAAUGAGACGGGUGGCCUUAGUCGCCUCCAGAUCCUUCGUGGGCUUCCUGGCAAUGCAUUUGGCAGGUUUGGGAGUGCACUCUCCUCAUUGGGAGACAUUACUGGGGAUGGCCUGGCUGAUGUGGCAGUAGGUGCUCCCUUGGAGGGUGAAGAAGAACGUGGAGCCAUUUACAUCUUCCUGGGAGAAGUGGGGAGACUCCGGGAUGUGCACAGCCAGUGCAUCGCUGCUGCCUCUUUGUCUCCUGUGCUCCAUUUUUUUGGACAGUCCAUCCAGGGAAGGUUGGAUCUAAGUGGAGAUGAACUGACCGACUUAGCUGUUGGAGCGCUAGGAAGUGCAGUGAUACUUCGAUCCAGGCCUGUUUUCACCGUCAUCCUUUCACUGAGUUUCUCUCCUUCUCCGAUCCCCCUGGAUGACCCUUCCUGUGGAAGUGGGAAACAUUUGGGUAUUGGGCCUCGUGGAAACCUCAGCAUUUGCUUCACAUUGAAACCGAUUAGUCCAAAACAAAAUAGUGGUUCCCUCAAGGAAUGUACUGCAUUCAUUCCAGUUUGUCCUGCUCCUUGA